AAAAUAUUGGUUCAAUGCCACGAAGAAUUCGACGGUGUAUGAACGUUGUAACCAAAUUACACGCGUACAGUUUCACCCACGCUUUAUCUAUCCCACUGAGUUGCAAAUUUGCAAACUGAGCUUAGAAGCAAGGAACAAAAAUGGCGGACCCGAAAACCAGAGCACAACUCGCCGGAGGAAUGACCGCCACUGACUCAUGGAUCAGAAAGCACCGUCUCAUCUACACCGACGCCACACGCCAUCCUCUCGUCCUCUCCAUUCGCGACGGCACCGUCGAUCUCAACGCCUUCAGAACUUGGGUGGAACAGGAAUGCGAAUUUCUGAGAUCCUUCACGGCGUUCGUCGCAAGUGUGUUGGUUAAAGCAUGGAAAGAAUCGGACGAUAGAGCGGACGAGGAAGUGAUCCUUGGUAGUUUGGCUUCUCUCAACGACGAAUUCGCGUGGUUCAAAAAAGAAGCCCUAAAACGAGAUAUCGACUUGACUAAAAUUGUUCCUCAGAACGCAACCGCCGGCUAUUCCAGGUACGUAUCGAGUUCUGCAUCAAAUUUUCUUGAGAGAGAAUAUCCAGUGAAUGUUCGGUUUAGGUUUCUGGAGAGUUUGAUGCGGCCGGAAAUGGAGUACACGGUGGCGAUUACGGCUCUUUGGGCUAUCGAAGCUGUGUACCACGAGAGCUUUGCGUACUGCAUGGAAGAUGGAUCAAAAACGCCAUUGGAAUUGAGAGAAGCCUGCGAAAGAUGGGGGAACGAAGGAUUUGGAAACUACUGCAAUACCUUGAAGAAGAUUGUGGAUAGACGAUUGGAGAUGGCUGCUGGCGAAAUAAGUAAAAAAACAGAAGUGGCUUUGUUGCGGGUUCUUGAAUGUGAGGUUGCGUUUUGGAAUAUGAGCCGGGAUGGUCCACGACAAACUAUUUGAGCUAUGAAUUAGCAUCAAAAGAAUUCCCACGUUUGUUCUUGAACUAGAAACAAGAAACUAAAUGAACUCAAAAUCUCUAGAAUGACCAGAGUUGCAUAUAUAUGGAGCUUUGUAAUUUCAUUUCAAUCAGAUGGAUUACGGUUAUCCUA